AAUUCAAUUUCCUUAAUUCCCUGCUUGCCACUUGCUGUUUACUAUAUGAUACUGAUCAAGGAAGCUGACUGAAUUAUUAAAGAAAUAUGAUGAUGUGAACAUGACAAAUUAAAACACUUGUUUGUCUGUGUGUGUUUGUAUACAUGACUUUGAUGUUCAAAUUGUACCUUGUGCAUUAUCUAUAGAUGAAGUAAAAAGCUCUUGGUAUAUAUAACAGCUUUAUGAUGAGUUAGAAAUCAAAAGUUGAAACUUCAUAAGCUUAAUUAUGGGGAUUCUGAGCUUCUGUUUCUUGCUUUUAUCCAUUUAUAAACUUGUUGCUGCUCAAACAACCACCGAACCCAGUGAAGUGGCUGCUAUCAACAAGCUGAUAGAUUACUGGGGGUUGAGGUCAAAGGUGAACUUGACCACUGACCCGUGCACACCAGGUGCAGCGUGGGCUGCAGACAAUGCAAACCCACGAAUCGCUUGUGAUUGUCCUGCCAAUAUCUGCCAUAUAACUCACCUGAAGAUUUAUGCUCUGGACAUUUCUGGUGAACUGCCACAAGAACUUUUUCAGCUGACCGAACUUAUGGACUUGAACCUCGGGCAGAACAUACUAAGUGGCUCUAUCCCUCCAGAAAUCGGAAACUUAUUCAAAAUGCAAUACUUGAGUCUUGGCAUUAAUAAUUUUAGCGGCCUUGUGCCUAUGAACCUUGGCAACCUUACCAAGUUGAAAUCUCUAAGCUUCAGCUCAAACAUGUUCAACGGACCCUUGCCUCUUGACUUAGGAAAGUUGACCUCCUUAGAGCAACUGUACAUAGAUAGCAGUGGAGUGAGUGGCCUGUUACCCCAAGAAUUAUCAAACUUGAAAUCCCUUCACACUUUGUGGGCGUCAGACAAUGCUUUUACUGGAAAGCUUCCAGAGUUCUUAGGAACUUUUACGAAUCUAACAACGCUGAGACUUGAAGGAACGGCUCUUGAAGGCCCGAUUCCCGGCAGUUAUGCUGCAUUAACUAAACUAGAAGACCUGAGAAUUGGUGAUCUUAGUGGUGGAGAUUCGACACUUGAUUUCCUGGUUAACUUGUCAAGCCUUUCGAUUCUUUCAUUGAGAAGUUCUCUAGUAACCGGCAAAAUUCCGCCACAAAUUGGCAACUUCGCUAAUUUACAAACUCUGGAUUUGAGCUUCAACAAAUUAACUGGUGGUAUACCAGAAUCUUUCCAAUACUCACAAUCGUUGCACUUCUUGUAUCUUGGAAGCAAUAGCUUAAAUGGGGAGAUCCCAUCCAAUAUCAUAACUCCACAGCUUCGGGCAUUAGAUGUCUCCUUCAAUUCUAUCACUGGAAAUUUGCCUGUUAAUUUUGCCAAGAUUAGACGAUCAUUAAAUGUUGUAGGAACUUUGGUGAAUGGAGAUGACCUACUAGAUAGCAAAGCAUCCGAAAUCUCAAGUUGCCUGAUAAGAAAUAGCAAGUGUACAGAAAAGUUUCCGUUUAAUUCUUUUGCUGUCAAGUGUGGUGGUUCGAACAAAGUAUCCACAUAUGGUGUUAAAUUUGAUGAUGAUUCAGAAACCCUGGGGGCUUCAUCUGUCUACACGAGCUCAAAUAAUAACUGGGCAGUAAGCAACAUUGGGAGUUUCAUAUCGAACCCAAAUGGGCCCCAAUAUAUAACACAGACAGCUUCUCAGAUAACAAAUACUUUAGACUCAGAGUUAUAUAAAACUGCAAGAAUUUCGCCAAACUCGCUAAGGUAUUACGGGUUGGGCUUGAGAAAUGGAAGGUACAAUGUUGAACUCCAUUUUUCUGAAAUACAAAUGGAUGAUUCUGAGUCAUGGAAAGGACUUGGAAAACGCUUAUUCGACAUCUAUAUCCAGGGUGAAAGAGUUGCUGAAGAUUUCAACAUAAUGAAUGAAGCACGCGGAUCAAAUAAAGCAUUGGUUAAAUUGUUUGAAGCUAAUGUAACAAAUACAAUCAUGGACAUACAUAUGAGGUGGGCUGGGAAAGGUACUUGCUGCAUUCCGUUCCAAAGCACAUUUGGUCCGUUAGUCUCAGCUAUUCAUGUUUCUGAAGUAUCUACUCGUUCAAGUUCUUCAAAUGAUAACACGAAACGAGUAGGAAGACUUGUUGGAAUAACGCUUGGAGGUGUAGCUGUGAUUACCAUAACAGCGUCUGUUUUCUACUUGUGGUGGGUAAGAAAGACACCAGAUCAUGUACGCAUCAAUACCGAUUCCCCUAAGAAAGGCCUAACUCCCGUCUAGGUUGUUUGCAGCCUAGUCGUUUGUAACCUUUCUUCUUUCUAUCGUAUGUCUCCAAAAAUUAGACAUAAUGGCCGACCUUGUGUCUUUUGUAGUAAAUAUAGAACUCGUGUUGUUUGUGUGUACAUGCUUGGCUAUUUUACUUCAAUAAAUUUAUGGCCUUAUAUCGUGUUUAUUUC